CCGGAUUCUGUGAGUGAGCACAGGCAGGGGUUGCAGUGGUUUGGUGCAUCGUUUGCAGGCAAAGGAAGCAACUGCAGCCCGUGUAACCCUAACUUUCUUAAACACAAUGACUUUUGAAGAACUCACAGGCGAUCAAAAAACAGACAGGAUGGACGUGGUGGGGAAAGCUCUGGAAGAAGUUUUGUCCUCCUCGUUAGCGCAAGGUUGCAUCACAGUUGGAGUGUAUGAGGCAGCAAAGCUCCUAAACGCGGAUCCCGACAAUGUUGUUUUAUGUUUGCUCGCCACGGAUGAAGGGGAUGACGUGGACGUGGCAUUGCAAAUUCAUUUUACUCUGAUUCAAGCUUUUUGCUGCGAAAAUGACAUUAACAUCAUGAGGGUGAACAACAUGCAUCGUUUGGCGGAGAUCCUGGGCGGGAUGGACGGGGCAGGCGAACCCAAAGAUCUCCAUUGCAUAUUGGUUACAAGUCAAGUAGCACCAUGGAAAGACGGAGCGUUGAACAAAGUCACUUGCUUUUGCAAAGAAAGCCGAUACCUGGACCAGUGGGUCCCAAUUAUUAAUUUGCCCGAACGUUGAAGAUCUUUCGCAAAAUUGGAUGUAAGAAAAUUCAUUCACUUCCAGGGAAAAGCUCCGGAGAUUUUCCGAAUAGCCGCCCGGAAACUUGGCGCUGGGAAACUAAGGUUGACUUUUGUUGCAGAGGGCGGGCUAGACUGGAGUUUUGACUCUGUGUAAUAAUUUUCUCUGAAGGCUGGACUAUGACUCAGCUUCAGUUUGUGCCUGGAAAUAGUGGCGAUGACUAAGCAGACGGGAACUGAAGCAAGGCUUGAGCUGGUUUCAGAGCAGAUCUCAUAACAAUUUCUGGAAGAAUUGGGGGAAGAGUUACAACUUUCCGUUUCGGGAAAAGAAUUUUUUUAAAAAAAUUGACUACUGGACGGAUGGUGAACCGAUGUGUUUGGUUUCAUUUAGUUGUGAAAAUGCCUCAUUGUUCACUAAUAACAAGAUGACAAGGGAAAGUUUUUUUAAAAAUGCAGACCUUAAUGUGUUAAAAAAUUUAUAGUAUUUCAACUGCAAGUAUGAUUUUCUUGCUGUUGUUAUAGUAUGAAAUUAAAUAAGUUAUUUUGUGAUUUAUAUCUGGAAUUUUUAUUAUUUAUGUUUAACUGAA